CCAGCCAUUUCCUCUCCAAAUCACCUCGUCCCCAUUCAUCUUCCCUUCUUCCCUCAAAACCCUAACCCCUCCCCAUCCUCCCUCUCGUCGGCGCCAGCACCAUGACCCUCCUCGCCGCCAUCACCAGCUCCGCCGCCAACCCCGCCGCCGGCGGGGGCCCGGUCGCCCACCCAAUCGUGCUCACCCCAGGCGCCGCGCCGCCGCCGCCGACCUCCUCCGCGCUCCCGACCCCAAUCCCGCCCUCCGCCUGGACGCUAGCCCCCGCCGACCCGACCCUCCCCAAAGCCGCCUCCUUCCUCGCGGCCUCCCUCACCUCCUGCUCCUCCCUCCCGCGCCUCCGCACCCUGCUCAACUCCUUCUUCGCCGCCCUGUCCCAAUCCCUCUCCCUCCCGCCGCCGCCGCCCGCCCUCCCCGCCGCCACCCGCGCCCUCGCCCCCUACUUCCCCGCCGCCCUCGCUUCCCUCGUCGCCUCCAAGGCGGCGAGCUUCGCCGAGUUCGACGUCAUCUUCGCGCUCGUGGAGUCACGCCGCCUCCCGCACCCGCCGGCGGACCUCAUCUCCACUCUCUCCGACAACAACCGCGCCGACCUCGUCUGCUCCGUGCUCCGCCAGGCCGCCGACCUCCGGUCCUCCGAGAUCCUCGCCGCGCUCUGCUUCUUCCUCUCGCCGGGCACCAAUAAGGCCUACGACGCCAUGAUGCGCGUCAAGGGCCGGUGGAAGGACGCCGCGGUGCUCGCGGUCCAGAAAUGCCGGGAGAAGGGCCCCGGGAAGAAGAUGAAGGUCGACGCCGCGGCAAGGCAGGCGGCGCUGCUUCUCAUGAUGGGGCACGACGGGUUCUCCUCCCCGGAGGUGUGCCUGCACUACCUGUUCGCGUCGGGGAAUGUGGAUUCCGUGGUGCUUGGAGCGGCUGUGGCCGAGCUUGAUGGCGGGGAAGUGGUCAGGCUCAUGAGGUACCUCAACAAGUGGAUUGGCAAGUACCAGAGGUUCCCAGAGGCACAGGCAUGCCCGGAGGCUGUGGGGAUGCUCGGAUUGGAGCAGUGUGACAGCGUUCCGUCGUUUGGAGCAGUGAUCAGGGCAUUGGGAGUGCUGCUGGAUAAUCAUUUCUCCCAUCUUGUGUUGAGCACUGAAGUGCGAGAGGAGUUGAUGGCUGCUGAGGUGAUGGUGAGGCAGCUAGCUGUGGAAGCGGAGUCAUCUGGACCAAUUCUGGACUUGCUGCGUAGGUUGCAGCACGAUAAGUGAGCAAAUCAGUUUUGUGCUCUCGAAUCUAUUUCCUUGUAGUUCUGAAAUUGAUGUGUGGAAAUUUUGACUGUUUUGCUGCAUUGCAGUGAUGAGUUAUUAUGUGUUGCGGUAUUGAAUAUUGAAGUAUAACAGUAAAUGUUUUGGUUGGAA